AUGGCUUUCACUCAACUUAACAGUGAUAAGGGUCUUACGGAACUUAAUACAUUUUUGGAGGAACAUUCAUAUAUCGAAGGUUCCCACAUGUCGUACGAUGAAGAAGAACGACGUAAAGCUGAACUUCUAGAGGCGUAUCACAAGAAAAAGGCAGCUAAACCAAAGGUUAUUGCUAAAAGUAUGGUUUGUUUAGAUGUCAAACCUUGGGAAGAUACUACUGAUUUGGUUGAAAUGGAAAAACUUGUGAGGGAUAUCACUAUUGAUGGGCUCGUGUGGGGUGCUUCCAAACUGAUUCCCAUUGGCUAUGGCAUCAAAAAGUUACAAAUUUCGUGUGUAGUUGAAGAUGACAAAGUUGGCAUUGAUGAUUUAGAAGAACAAAUCACUGCAUUUGAAGAUCACGUUCAAAGCGUUGAUGUAGUUUCCUUCAACAAGUUGUAA